GGUCAUCAAGUACUUAUAGACGGUGAGUUCCAAGAAUUAUUCUCCUCACCACUCUCCUUCUCUCCGGUCUACUCUCCUCACGCCUUGAAGUCGCAAAUAUGGUCCAAAGUAUCGCUCUCCCAGUCCUGGCUUUGGCCGGUGCUGCAAUGGCUGCAUGCCCUUUGUCAGUUGAGAUUACCGGUGCUAAACACCAUGUUGCUCAGGUUGCAGUGACGAACACAGGAGCUGAAACACUCACUGUGUUCAAGGGAAACACUGUCUUCAGUAGUCAUGCUACCAAGGAUUUGUUGGUGACUGCCGAUGGAGUCGCUCUUCCUUUUGAGGGUGUGGUUGUCAACUACCGACGUACCGGCCUUACCCAGGAUAUGUUCCAAGUCAUCGCACCAGGAGAGACCAUCACAGCUUCAGUGAAUGUGGCCAAGAGCUACAGACUCGGUGGUAUCUCCAAGGCCAAGAUUACAGCUAUCCAAGGCUUCAAAUACGUCACUGGAUCUGUGGCUCCAACCACCGCUGCUGAUCUCACAUUCUGUGAGAGUGCCGCUUCAAGCACUGUUGCCAUCACUCCAGAUCAGAGUAUUGCUGAGGCUGAGCACAUCUCCAAGCGCAGCCCCGAGGAGACCAGCAACUCCCGCAUCAAGAAGCGAGCAAUCACAUACAAUUCUUGCUCCGCCUCCCAAACAUCCGCCCUAACCACCAGCGUCUCCCACGCCAUCUCCAUGUCCAAGGCCGCCUACACCGCCGCCGCCACCGGCGCCUACUACUUCACCACCUGGUUCAAGUCCACCUCGCAAGAGUCCGCCGUCCGCGUGAUCUACAAUGACGUAGCCAACGUGCAGACCACCUCCCCCAAGAUCUACUGCACAGACGUCUACAGCGACUGCACUGACGGAACUGCGCUGCUGUAUACCGUUCCUAGCGCUAACACUAUUGUGCCUUGCCCGAAUAAUGGAUUCUGGGGGUUCCCUGAGUAUGCGUCGACUUGUGCGAAUGAUGAUUAUGAUCGCGCGGGGUCGAUUCUGCAUGAGAUGACUCACUUGUAUGGUACUACUGAUUGGGCUUAUGGACCGACUGCUGCGAAGGCUUUGACGGCUGCUAAGGCGGCUCAGAAUGCGGAUACGUAUGAGAUGUAUGCUGGGAGUGUGAGAUUGGGCGGUUGCAGCUCUUAGAUGAGGAUUGUGAAUCAGUGUCGGGGAAUUGUGAGGUCUGGAGAUUGGGAUUGUUGAUGUGAUUCAUGAGAGGACUAGGAUGGGUGGAAACUUUCUUGGUUAGCAUUAUGCAUUUGCGAGAAACCUCGCUCAGCAAAAGCAUUCUCGCCUGGACCGGGCUUAUCUAUUCAAGUCAUCCAUUUAAAAAUCUGAAUUGGACGUUUAUAAAG